CAGUGUGCGCUUUGUGAUUGGCUGAUCGGGCCGCUUUCAUCUGUAAGCUCUGUACUAUUUUGGCAGAAGACACGGGGAUCGGAAGGUUGUAGAUCGUCAUGGCCAGCAGCAGAGGUACUGGUAACUUAAAUCAUGAACUUUCCAAACUGUUCAAUGAGCUCUGGGAUGUGGAUGUGAAUCGGAUGUCUCCUGGAAAAGAUUACCGAAUCUCCCUACAGGGGCAGGCCGGGUAUGUUCCAGCUGGCAGUAAGACGGCUAGAGACAGUGCUCAGUGCCCGCUCUUCCUGUAUGUUAAUGAAGAGAAGAUAAAAAGUAUAAAGACCUUUGCAGCCUUCAUUUCCUUACUUGACAACUAUGAGAUGUCCACGGGGGUGGCCGAAGUUGUGACGGCAGAAGAAAUCGCCGAAAUGAACCGGUUCCUCGACGCCAUCCUGGAAACCAAAGUGAUGCAGGUUACUCAUGAAUAUCUCGUCAAGAAAAAAUUGGCAAAGCCGAAUCUGAAGGACUUCAAAUCUCAGUUAUACAGCAUCUGGUUCCAGCUGUACAGCCGAGAACCAGGGAAGGGACCAGAUUCUUGUGGCUUUGAGCACGUGUUUGUGGGUGAGUCAAAGCGAGGGCAGGAGAUUAUGGGGCUCCACAACUGGGUCCAGUUCUACCUACAGGAGAAGAGGAAUAACAUAGACUAUAAAGGGUUUGUGGCCCGUCGCUACAAGAGCCGGCCUGAUGAAGAUGACCAGGUGCUCAACCUGCAGUUCAGCUGGAAGGACAUGGUCAAACCGGUGGGGAGCAGCUUCAUUGGAGUCAGUCCUGAGUUUGAAGUCGCCGUCUACACCAUCGUUUUCCUGAUGUCACAGGAGAAGAUCACCAAAGAGGUUGUCCGGGUGGAGGAAUACGAGCUCCAGAUAGUUGUCAACCGCCAUGGGCGCUAUAUCGGAACAGCCUAUCCUGCCCUGCUGAGCAGCAACAACCCAGACUUAUACUGAGCUCCUGUCACAUUUCACCUGCUGCCCCCUAGUGUCUGCUCAACAGAGGGGAACCUAUCAACUUUGUAUGCCAGAAAACCAAAACCUUCGCCAUUUGAAAAGUGGCAUAAAAUGGGCAAGGUUUAGUAUGGUAAUGAGUUUCUAGACAGGUUUAUCAUUGCCACUUUUUGAAAAAGUCUCAAAAAGAGUCACACAAAAGUACAUCAGCUAGGGGGUGGCCUAGAAAAGUGGAGGGAAUUUUCACGAUGUGCCACAUUUAUUACACAUCAUCCACUUCUGAUAAAUUUGACACACUUUUCAAAACUGACCUCAGAAAGUCAUAUCUUGAUACAUCUCCCUCCCCCUAUUGUGUAGGGAAUCUAAUAUACUUUACAUAGCAAUUCACUGCCAUUCUCAAGAUGUCUGCUUGCUGUCAGUGAAUGGAAAAUGAAUCUUGUUUAUAUUCCGAGACUAAAACUCUUCCUGACCGAGUAGGUCUCACACUAGGGGUUUUCUUUUCCGGUAUUGAGUUCCGUCCUAGGGGCUCAAUACCGGAAAAAAAGAGAUCAGUUUUAUCCUAAUGCAUUCACAAUGGAGAGCAUUCCGUUCAGGAUGCAUCAGUUCAGUCCCUCUUA